GGGUGACGAGGGCCUGGUGAUCGACGAGGACGAGUUUUUCGACAGCCGGUACGACUUUGAUUUCAGCGACCUGAAGGACACGCGCACCUACUACCGAGGAGGCGAAGUCUACCGCAGGCCGUGUGGAUGGCUGCGCUUUGCUCUCAAGGUCUGGGAUAAAUACCCGGACGGGAACGUGUGGCUGGGCGAGCGCGGCCACGGGACCACCACCUACUCCAAAGCCGGAGAAUGGCCCGUGUCCUACCAUGGCACCUCCAAGAACGGAGCCAGGGCCAUCAUCGUCGCCAAUUACCAGGAAGAAGGUCCCGCCUCCAAAAUGUCCAUCAACCGAAGUGGGGCAUCUGGGGGUUCCCGUUUUUAGGCGCGAGAAGCCCCGCCCACCCCCGCCCUGCCCUCUUCUCCACUUUUGGAUCUUCGGAGGAAGUGGGCUGGGGUUUGGGUCUCCCCCAUGGUCCCUUGGGCCGGCCGCUCGCCGCCGAAUCGAGUGAGCGCGCCAAGAUGGCGGUCGGCGGGUGCUACUUCCUGCCUUUCCUGAUGCUAAAGAGCUGCUGGCUGCAGGGGUCCGCCGGCCCGUCCCCCGACGCGGACCCGCAGCAGGAGUACGCCCACUCCAUCCGCCUGGACGGGGACAUCAUCCUGGGCGGCCUGUUCCCGGUGCACGCCCGGGGCGAGCGGGGACUGCCUUGCGGCGAGCUGAAGAAGGAGAAGGGCAUCCAGCGUCUGGAGGCCAUGUUGUUCGCCAUCGACCUGGUUAACAAAGACCCCCGGCUGCUCCCCAACGUCACGCUGGGGGCGCGGGUCCUGGACACUUGCUCGCGAGACACCCACGCCCUGGAGCAGUCGCUCACCUUCGUGCAGGCGCUCAUCGAAAAGGACGCGGGCGACGUGCGCUGCGCCGACGGACAGACGGCCGUCUUCGCCAAGACCGACAAGGUGGCGGGCGUCAUCGGGGCGGCGGCCAGUUCCGUCUCGGUCAUGGUGGCCAACAUCCUUCGGCUCUUCAAGAUCCCUCAGAUCAGCUACGCCUCCACGGCCCCGGAGCUGAGUGACAACACUCGCUACGACUUCUUCUCCCGCGUGGUUCCUCCGGACUCGUACCAGGCUCAGGCGAUGCUGGACAUCGUCACGGCGAUGGGCUGGAACUACGUCUCCACGCUGGCCUCCGAAGGGAACUACGGAGAGAGCGGCGUCGAGACCUUCAUGCAGAUCUCCAGAGAGUCGGGUGGCGUGUGCAUCGCCCAGUCCCUGAAGAUCCCCCGCGAGCCCAAAGAGGGCGCCUUUGACCAGCUGCUCCUGCGCCUGCUGGAAACGCCCAAAGCCCGCGCCGUCGUCACCUUCGCCAACGAGGACGACAUCCGGCGGCUCCUGGACGCGGCCCAGCGCAACAACCUGACGGGUCACUUCCUGUGGGUGGGCUCCGACAGCUGGGGCGCCAAAAUCUCCCCCGUGCUGCAUCAGGAGCCGGCGGCCCAGGGGGCCGUCACCAUCCUGCCCAAGAGGGCGUCGGUCCACGCGUUCGAUCGCUACUUCAAGAGUCGCUCGCUAGCCAACAACCGCCGCAACGUUUGGUUUGCCGAAUUCUGGGAGGAGAACUUCGGAUGCAAGCUGGGGACGCACGGCAAGAAAACGGGAGCGGCCAGAAAGUGUACAGGCCUGGAGAAGGUGGGCCGCGACUCUGCGUACGAGCAGGAGGGCAAAGUGCAGUUUGUGAUGGAUGCCGUGUACGCCAUGGCGCACGCCCUGGACCGCCUCCACCGCCGGCUUUGCGGCGGCUACGCCGGCGUGUGCCCGCGUAUGGCCGACGUCGACGGCGGGGAGCUGCUGGCGCACGUCCGUGCCGUCAACUUCAAUGGAAGCGCCGGGACGCCGGUGACUUUUAACGAGAACGGCGACGCCCCCGGCCGCUACGAUAUUUUCCAGUACCAGAUUGACGAGCGCUCCGGCCCCGAGUACAAGGUCAUCGGGGAGUGGACCAAUCAGCUCAGCCUCAACAUGUCGGCGCUGAAGUUCACCUCUCGGGAGAGCCCGGGCGCCCCUCCGCCCGCCUCGCGGUGCAGCGCGCCGUGCGGACCGGGCGAGCGCAAGAAGGUGGCGAAGGGCGCGCCGUGCUGCUGGCGCUGCGAGCGCUGCGAGGGCUACCGCUUCCUGGCCGGCCGGGACUCCUGCCAGCCGUGUCCGUACGGACAGAGGCCCGACCGCAACGGCAGCGGCUGCCGACCCAUCCCGCUGGUCCGGCUGGAGUGGCGCUCGCCCUGGGCGCUGGUGCCCGUCCUCAUCGCCCUGAUGGGAAUCUGCGCCACCGCCUCGGUGGCGGCCACCUUCGUCCGCCACAACGACACGCCCAUCGUGCGGGCGUCCGGGCGGGAGAUGAGCUACGUGCUUCUGACGGGCAUCUUCCUCUGCUACGCCGCCACCUUCCCGAUGGUGGCGCCGCCCGGCGUCGCCGUCUGCUCCCUGCGCCGGGUCUUCCUGGGUCUCGGCAUGUGCUUGAGCUACGCGGCUCUGCUGACCAAAACCAACCGCAUCCACCGCAUCUUCGCCCGGGGGAAGACGUCGGCGGCGGCGCCCCGCCUCAUCUCGCCCGCCUCGCAGUUGCUGGUCACCGCCUCGCUGGUGGGCGUGCAGCUGCUGGGCUUGUCGGCGUGGUUUGCCGCCCGGCCGCCCCGCGCCCUGGUGGACUACGGCGAGCGGCGCACGCCCGACCCCCGCCUGGCGCGGGGGGUGCUCAAGUGCGACGUGUCGGACCUGGAGCUCAUCUGCUCGCUGGCUUACAGCAUGGCGCUGAUGGUCACGUGCACCGUCUACGCCGUCAAGACGCGAGGCGUGCCCGAGACCUUCAACGAGGCCAAGCCCAUCGGCUUCACCAUGUACACCACCUGCAUCAUCUGGCUCGCCUUCAUCCCCAUCUUCUUCGGCGCGGCGCGCUCGGCCGAGCGGACGUACAUCCAGACGGCCACGCUGACCGUGUCGCUCAGCCUGAGCGCCUCGGUGUCGCUGGGGAUGCUCUACGUGCCCAAGGUCUAUGUCAUCAUCUUCCACCCGGAGCGCAACGUCGUCAAGCGCAAACCCAGCUUCAAGGCCGUCGUCACCGCCGCCGCCGCCACCGGCAAACUCUCGCAGUUGGCGGCCGGGCGGCCCAACGGCCAAGCGAAGACUGAGCUGUGCGCGGCUGUGGAGGCCGUCGUUCUACCGACAAACACCGUCUAUGUCAGCUACGCCAACCACGACAUCUGAACCCAAGCCAAAUGGGUCUUGAGGGACCGCCUCCAUAGUCCAGUUCGGUUCAGUCCAGAAACGCUGCAAGUAACUGACUGGAAUUGACGUUUACCGUGAGGGACUUUUGUUUAGUUUUGUCUCUGUUGAGAAGAGUCUGUCAAGGUUUUUUGAACUUGUGCCAAUGCAAAUGGAGUGAUGCAUGCAGUUUUUGUUGUUGUUAUUUUCUUACCAAAUGAUUUCUAUUUGUGAUUAAAAGCAAAAAGUCAUUCCA